AUGGGAUUUGGAAGAUGGACAGAGCGGAUGGAACAGAUGAUGGAGAAGCAAAACUCGGCACUAUGUAACUUCAGUGAGGCUCGAAUAGCGGAGUUGGUUAAAAGAAUCUUACAAGAGGAACAAAGCCAAUCUCAACAGUCAAAAGUACCAUCGGCGAACCGAGCAAAUGUAAUGAAUAUUGAGAACAUGGGAGCUGGUAGUGUGACAAAGUUCGAGGCUGAUUUUCGGGAGUUUCAAGAAGAAUCAAUGCAGCAGGCAGGCUUUUUUACCAGCGUGUUAGAGGAGUUGUUAGAUCAAGUACAGGAGCUGAAAGAAAUGAGUCGAGUGAAGGAUAUAAAAGUUGAUGAACUUGCGAAGAAACAACAAGGCGUGAAGUUUAUGGUGAACCAGAAGGAUGAUGAGUCAGUUGAUAGUUCGGAUUCUGAAAGUGUAGAAACAUUGUCUGAAGCUGAGUCUGAGUCUGAGUCAGAGGCCGAGGAGAACAAGCCAGAGAGAAAGGAAAAUCGGAAUGAAGGUACAAGAAAAGAACAAAGGAAAGGAAAUCGAAGGGCAGAAGUAGUUCCAGUGUUGGUUGCUGAGCCGAGCAUCAAGAAGAAGAAGAAAUCUCGAAAACAGAAGACCCCCAUUCCAUCAGAGAAACAAGAAUCGCUACAACAAACGCAGACACUUGAAGACUUGCAACAACAGCUGAAAGAGAUGAAGGAGGAACUCAAGCGACAGAGGGAGGAGAAAAAGAAACUCACAGAAGAGGAGAAAAGCUUGCUGACUGCGGAACUGGAGCGCAAAUGGGGUGAAGAAAGGUAUGAAAGGCGAUUCGGCCCACGUGAAAACCGACGGUUGACAGAGGAAGAGCAAAGAAUGACAAGGCCAGAGCUUCAGCGACAGUUUGCACAAACGAGAAGGAACGUCUGGGCAGACCGACAGAGAGCUAUGGGAAUUCCUACGUAUCAGUGUGACAAUUGCGGUAGAUUUGAGAGGGAAGGGCAGCCCCACUCAUGUUUAAGAUCAGCUUAUAGUGGGCCAUUGCAGCGCAGAGGGGGAGUCCCAUACCACCGACAAAUGGUAGUAGAAGGCACGUCAACGGGGGUUAAUAUUCGGCAGCAGCCCAUUGUGGACAUCGAGCGGUUGAAGAAAGAGCACGCAGCCAUGACAAAAACGAUAGAAGAUUUGGUGCAGCAACAACAACAAUUGCGCAGGGGUGGCGAACAGGACGAGGAAAUGGAAGAUCCACAGAAUCAACAAAGUCAGCCGUCCUCCAGCGUUGCGUCGAUCAGUGGGACGCCACAAUUAUCACGAAAUUUUCAGCAAUAG